AGUCUAUUUCUUACUCUGAACAAGAAUGCCCUCUGUCAGUUCUGAUCAGAUCAAAAAAAUUGUCCACCGUUUUAUAACGAAUGCACCUCCUGGCGAACUUCUCGAAGUCGUGUCUGACGUCCGCGUGCUGCUGAACAACGAUAAAGUCUUCAACACUAUCGCACCCCUAUCGUUCGCAGAGUACAACAAAAAUCAGUACAUAAUAAUAGACUCUCCCAGUGGAAACAAGGUUCUCAUCACUCCUUAUGGUGAGAUACGUAGUGGUGAAUAUCUUGACCCAGUAGGAAAUUGCGUUAUCACAUUCAAUCAUAUAAAGCAGGAGGCUACUGGAUCUAGGCCAAUUGGAAAUGAACUGCCGUCAGAGGCAGAACCUUAUCGUAAAGCAUUCGAGGCAGAGGCGUUAAAGUAUACCGAGGCCCAUUAUCAGCAUGGUGCUCAAACGACCUACAGUAAAGUUAAAGGGUCGAAAUAUAUUAUAACUACAUGCAUAUCCUCUGCUAUCAUUAAUCAGAAAAAUUUCUGGGGUGGUCGAUGGAGGUCGACUUGGACUUUCACAUUCAACCCUGGAUCUGGAUCCUGUGAGAUGGAGGGUUUAUUCAAAAUUCAGGUUCAUUAUUAUGAAGAGGGCAACGUUCAGCUGAAUACAGAUACCAAGAAGAGCAAAUCUGUACCUGUUGCCGAGCCCAACGAAUUAGCUGCAGCUGUCUUCAGAGCAGUGGAGAACAUUGAAACAGACUUUCAAUCAGCACUAGAGGAGAGCUACCACACUAUGGGAAGUACGACAUUUAAGGCCCUGCGUCGAAAUCUUCCCAUCACACAGUCAAAAAUUGAUUGGGACAAGAUCAUUCAAUACAAAACGGGCCAAGCUAUCCUUCACUGAUUCACGUGACUUUCGCUAUGCGGGCGCGCCUCUGAUAGGUAAGAAAGUGUACCAACAUGUGUAUGUGAAAAGACGAAUUAUAUAAAUGAGGGCGUUUGUGAGCAAAUAAAACAUAGAACAGACGCUUCGUUCACACAA